AUGAGCUGUGCUAAUCUAAGUGACGGUGAUUAUCCAAUACUCGAGAAUCAGUGUCUCAAACAAUUCUGGCGUUGCACUGCGGGUCAAAUCACCGGUAGAGCUUGUAAAGAUGGAAAGUUUUUUAAUGCUGCCACGAAAAGAUGUGAGGCAGCUAACAACAUCAUUCACUGUAAAAUUUUCGAUGAAAAAUGCCAAAAAAGCCAAGUAUAUGAUUCAGCACGAGGCAGAUGUAGCACGCCAGAAUUUGUCCCAAAUUGUGCCAGCAAACGAUAUGCAACAUUUUCAACAAAUGAAAAUGAAAUUGAAAUACUGAAAAUCAUAUGGGAACCCGAACUGAAUGACUUCUGCAGUCAAAAUGGAGAUGGCAUGUUCUCCGCAGGUUGUGAGGAAUUUUUUUACCUCUGUACUUCUGGAACUGGAUAUUAUGUGAACUGUUUGAGAGGAUUAUACUUCGACAGUGCAAAACAAAUGUGUACUGUCAAAGAUCGAGUUUUAUUAUGCAAAUUACUUUCAGAUAAGAAAAAUUCAACUGACCUUGAGUUUAUUUCGAGUAAGCAGACAGUUGCUGCAGAAGACAAGGACAAUAAUGAUAUCUUCAAGAUACAUGACAACGUGGUUAACAAAGAAAGCACUGGAAAUUUUGCUACUGAUAUACCUGAAGUUGGUAUAUCAGCAAUGAUUGCAGCACCCAUCCCAAAAGAUGAAAACCUUCCAUUUUUACCUGAAGAUUUCGAAUGUGAACGCAAAAACGAUGGCUUCUACUCGAUUGGAUGUGAAAAUGAAUUCGUUGCAUGUGUGAACAGCCGAAUGUUUUUCUUCAAAUGCCCACAGGAUUUGAUAUUCGACGAAGAAAGCCAAACUUGUAAUUAUGUUGGGAAUAUCAACAAAUGUUUGCAUAAUUCUAUUACAGCGAUAGAUAAAGAGUUAGUGUAA